CACGUUUUAUUUACAAGCCAAAUUUCGCAUUUACCAGGAAAUAGUGCAAACCGAUGAUUGGAAGAAUGCUAUAUUGCACAGAUGUGAUUCAUGCGACAUCAGGUGGCAAAGUCCGAAAAUAAUGAGUAGGGAUAAUAUGGCAAAGCUGGUCGUGGCUAUUCAGGCCAGUUCAAGUACAUUUGCGGCUGAAAUACAACAAAAUCAGGAGAAUCGAUUGCAUUCCGUGUGGAACACGAUAAUUCAGUCGUAUAACCAUGAAGAUCGGAAGAAGAUGAGAGGUCGCUCGAUAGAAUUUGAUGAAUUCUGGAAGUUCGUUGUAGACGGUACGACCACCUUUUCGACGUCGGGAGAACUCGCCAGAGAGUUUUCUGGGGGUUUCAAUUAUUUGAAAAAGUGCUAA